GGAUGACCUCAGCUGGCUAUCUUUGGCCAUGUGGAUGAUGAACAAAAGCAGAACAAAAGUGCGUUUAAUUUUAAACAAUCAGUGUGCUGGAGCCGCAUUGAUCAUUUUUCGAUGUGGGCCACACGUUGUUCGUUUCAGCUACAAAAGGGCCGUCAGCUGCCUGCUUGCUUUUUCUUUACUCUCCCGUCUCAUUUUCAACUGCACUAAAAGGCUCGGUCCUGAUUGCAAUCAGUGCUCUAGCUAGCACCUUCUAACAACUCUCGCUUUCAUUCACUCACUGUCGACGUCCAUCUUUAACUUUUGAUCAUCAUGAAAUUCUCUCUCGCGAUAGCUUCUCUUCUGGUGCUGCCGUUUGCAGCUGCCGCCCCAACUUGCUCUCUCAAACCAUCAUCUGCUGUCGCUAGUAGCACCACACCUACAUCGACUGCUACCUCCCCGGGCUCUACUUCCACCCCUGCGAACCCUGCUAGUGGUUCUGUCGCCAUGGCUUGGUUUGCUAACUGGCACACCGAUUACACGGUCGCCAAUAUUACCUGGAAGGGCUUCAACAGAAUGUCUUAUUUCGGAGCUAUCACCUCCGCUGAUGGUACUGCUACAAUCACUGUCGCUGACAGCGGCCCCAGCGGCCCUGUCACCUUUGUUGCUGCUGCCAAACAAAAUAACGUUCUUCCUGUAUUGACUAUCGGUGGUUGGGAUGGUUCCAUAUAUUUCUCAUCUUCUAUCUCCACCUCAAGCAACCGUACGACUUUCGUCCAGUCAAUCGUCACCAUGGUGAACAAGUAUGGCUUCCAAGGUGUGGAGUUCGACUGGGAAUACCCCGGUAGCACAAACGGUCUUUCUUGCAACACAGAGUCCCCUCAGGAUACUGCCAACCUCUUGUCUAUGCUCCAGGAGCUGAAGCAGGCGUUGCCAACUCUAUCUCUCUCCGCUGCUACCCCCGUCAAGCCAUGGAACGAUGCUAGCGGGAACCCAUCGACUGACCUUACCAGUUUUGCCCAAGUUUUGGAUUACGUUGAGAUCAUGAACUACGAUGUGUACGGCGACACUUUCAGCAAGGUUGUGGGCCCCAACUCUCCUUUGGACGACUCCUGUGCUCCAGCUGCUGACCAAACUGGCUCUGCGACUUCCGCCGUCAAGCUCUGGACUGCUGCAGGGUUCUCUGCUAAACAGAUUGUCCUUGGUGUGCCUAGCUACGGACACGGCUACUCCAUCAGCCAAUCUGCAGCUGUCCAGAGCAACACGUUGGCCUCAUACCCCACCUUCAACACCAACAGCUUUGUCACGGGUGACAGCUGGGAUGCUGCCGGUCCAGAUGCUUGUGGUAUCAGUCAACCUGCUUCUGGAGACUUCAACUUCUGGGGCCUCAUUGCUGGCGGUUUCUUGAACGAGGACGGAAGUGUUGCUUCCGGUAUGACUGGCCGCUUCGACAACUGCAGCCAGACGCCAUAUGUCUACAACCCCAACACGCAGGUCAUGGUAGCCUACGACAAUGCCGAAUCCUUCACCGCAAAGGGCAACUUCAUCAAACAGGCCGGCAUCGCUGGUUUCGCCCUGUGGGAGAUGGGCGGCGACUACAACAACAUUCUCUUGAACGCCAUCACCAGCGCUAUCGCUUCAUGAUUAUCAUUCUGCGAUGAUGAUUGAUUCAUCUCCAUCUAUCACACUCACGCCACUCAUUUCACACCAUACUUAUUGUACAGCUCGCGGUCGAUCCGCUCAAAUUGUCAUUGUCUAGAGUUUUGAUUGCCGCUGGGGUCGGGGUCAUCUGGAUUGCCAUGUUACGGGUUUAGAUUCGCAUUUUGUAUUACUGGCUCGGCAUGCAUAAUUUGUUGUACUUGGUGUAUCUUACUGACUUCUGCUAUGGAAUGCUAUUUGGUUCGAUAUC